AUGAAUAUCUUUCGAUUGAUCGGUGACCUAUCCCACCUGGCCUCGAUCUUCAUCCUCAUUCAGAAGAUCAUCAAAUCUAGAUCGGCCAGAGGAAUCAGCUUCAAGACUCAAGUUCUCUACGUGGUGGUAUUCUUGACGAGAUAUGUAGACCUUGUCACUGGGCCCUUCAUCUCCAUCUACAACACGGCAAUGAAAUUGUUCUUUAUUGCAUCGUCAGCGUACAUAGUCUACCUGAUGUAUUUCAAGUACAAGCCAACUCAAGACCCAGCAAUCGACACAUUCAAAGUAGAAUACCUACUGGGACCAUGCGCAUUAUUGGCAUUAGUAUUCAACUACAAAUUUACGGUGGUCGAAGUUCUUUGGGCAUUCAGUAUCUACUUGGAAGCAGUCGCCGUUUUCCCGCAGUUGUUCAUGCUCCACAGGACGGGCGAGGCCGAGACGAUCACCACACAUUAUCUAUUUGCACUUGGCCUCUACCGAGCAAUGUAUAUCCCCAACUGGAUCCUCAGGUACACAACUGAAAACACCCUUGACCCGAUUGCCAUCUUUGCCGGAAUCGUACAAACCGGACUCUACGCGGACUUUUUCUACAUUUAUUUCACACGAGUAAUGAGAGGGCAAAAAUUCGAAUUACCAGCAUAA